GAGGCGGCAGAGGCCUGGGAGGUGCUGCCGGCCGCGGCCGAGGCCCAGGCCCGCGGGGCGACGGGCAUGCCGGCGCUGGCGCAGGCGGCCGCAGGGGCCGCGGCCGGGGCCGCCCCGCGCGCGGCCCCGAAGCGCUCGGCCGCGGCCCGCCCGAGCGAGGCCAGGGCCCGGGUUGGGCGCGCGCGGCGCGGGGGCGGAGCUGGACUGGCCGCGGCCGUGCCGGCCAGAGGAGGCGCAGCCGCGACCGUGCUCGUCCUCGCCUCCCGGUUGGGACUGGGGCCCCCUGCACGCGUCUCAGCGGUGCUGGGCUCCGUGGCCUCGGUCACCGAGUCCGCCAGCUCGGUGAUGAGCUCAGGUUUUCAGGCAGCCUCUUCGAUGACCUCAUCAGCUUCGACGUUUUUCCUCGGAGUGACCAAGUCGCCCCAAUCUACCUCGCAGGAGGCCUGGCGCGGAGUGGGCGUCUACAGCGUAUCCGUGACGGCCUGGCAGCGCCGCGCGGUGGCCGACGACGGCGACGUGCUGGUUUCCUGGUUGGAAGACUCCAUGGGUGACGCGGUGCUCGUGCUGUCCAGCUCGGAGAAGGCCGUGCUGACCCAGGCGGCCCUGCCCCUGACCCUGAGGCAGCCGCUGAUAGCGGGCUCCAAUCGUGCGCUGUCAUGGCCAGGUUCAUUCCGUGUUUUCAAUAUCGAGGCCGUCAUCCUAGACGCAGGCCACUCAGGCAUCUAG